CGUCCGUCCACCACCACCAGCACCAGCUGACCAAAACAAUUUUUCAGACCAAACGCGACGCACGCGCGCGAUAGCAAGCCUAGCGGGAUUAAUGGGGCAGAGCCAGGCCCGAGCUGGCAGAGGGAGACCCAAACCAGACGCGCGGCACGCGACGCGGGAGGAGGAGGAGAGGCAGGAGCGGCGCGGCGACAUCGCGAGGCCAGACGCAGGCGCCGAGGAGGAGGAGGAGAGACCAGCGCGCGGCCCGGCCAUGGACACCUUCUUCCUGUCGCACGGUUCGCCGACGCUCUCCAUCGACGAGGCGAUCCCGGCGCGGCACUUCUUCAAGUCGUGGCUGCCGGCGAGGGUCGCGGGGGACCGGCCGCCGCGCGCCAUCCUCGUCGUCUCGGGCCACUGGGAGACGGCCACGCCGGCGGUCAACGUCAUCCGCGGCACCAACGACACCAUCCACGACUUCUACGGCUUCCCCAAGCCCAUGUACCAGCUCAAGUACCCCGCCCCCGGCGCCCCGGACGUGGCCCUUCGGACCAAGGAGCUCCUGGAGCGCGCCGGGUUCGGCCCCGUGAAGGAGGACCACAGCCGCGGGCUGGACCACGGCGCGUGGGUGCCGCUGAUGCUCAUGUACCCGGCCGCCGACAUCCCCGUGUUCCAGCUCUCGGUGCAGACCGACCGCGACGGCGCCUACCACUACAACCUCGGACGGGCGCUGGCGCCGCUGCGGGAGGAGGGCGUCCUCGUCCUCGGCUCCGGCAGCGCCACCCACAACCUCCGCAAGAUGGGGCCCAUGGACGCGCCCGUGGCACAGUGGGCCGUCGAAUUCGACGCCUGGCUCAAGGACGCGCUCCUCAGCGGAAGGCACGAUGACGUGAACCGGUACGAGGAGAAGGCGCCGCACGGGAGGGUGGCGCAUCCGUGGCCGGACCACUUCUACCCGCUGCACGUCGCGCUGGGCGCCGCCGGGGAGGGCGCGAGGGCGGAGCAGAUCCACCAGAGCUGGACCAACGUCUCGCUCUCCUACGCUUCCUACAGGUUCUCCGCAAACAACUGACGGCCGGGUCGUGCCGUUGGUAGCUGCCAAUUGCUGAAUGAUUGUGAAGUGCGAACCAUAUCUACCAUCCGUGGUCGUGUACAGUAUACGCACGCUUGUAGCAUUGUAUGCAUCAGAGAUAAUGUUUGAUUGUAUCAUUCAGUGAGGUGGCUUAUUAUUUCAGAAAAUAAGCUCUCUGGAGUUUGGCAUACA